GGAAGACACAGCGGGGGUGGUGGCGGAGGUGGUGGCGGAGGUGGUGGAGGUGGAGGAGGUGGAGGUGGAGGUGGAGGAGGUGGAGGUGGAGGAGGUGGAAGUGGGGGUGGUACAGGAGGUGGAAGACACGGUGGAGGGCAUGGCGGUAGGCAAAGCGGUGAACAUAUCGUUGUUACGCUUACAUAA